AACCACUCAAAUCACCUAUUAGCUACUUAGUCUUUCCACAUUUUCAUGCUCCUUUGUCUCAUACUGUUCUUCUAAACACACUCCCUCUCUCGCUCUCUCUGAUGGCGGAAAUAGACUACUCUCUCCAAACCAAGCCAUUUACUACUAACAUCACUAGCAAUAACAUCACACCACUAAAGCUCUUUGGCAUCGACAUAUCAUCAUCACCACCGCUGGAAGAGAGCACAAAAGAAAAUAUUCUUGGAGAUGAUUCGAAUUCGAAUUCAACAAAGUCUUCAUCAUCCGGGUCGCCGGAAUCCGACGGCCGGAAGUUCGAGUGCCAGUACUGCUGCCGUGAGUUCGCCAACUCGCAGGCCUUGGGCGGCCACCAGAACGCGCACAAGAAGGAGCGCCAGCUCCUGAAGCGCGCUCAGAUGCGAGUCGCUGCCGCCGAAGGCCGGAAGCUGCACAACCCAUUCAUGUCCACCUUCACCCAGCCACACCACCUCCUGGCCCCGCACCUUUCGCCAGCAGGGACCCCUCCGUGGCUGAUCCUUCCACACACCGGCCACACGCCUUCGUUCCAAGUUGCGAACGGUGUCGGCUUGUAUUUCACUGGAGGGUCGUCUCGCAUUCCUGGGAGGCACGUGAGUGGAGGCAGUGUUGGCGAGACAGCUGCAACAGCGACAAGGUCGUUUUUGCUUGAUGAAGUGAGAGCUCAUGGUGGUCGGCCUUCCUCUCAGAUCGAGAAGAAGGGUUUGGGGUUGGAUCUGCAUUUGAGUCUUGGACCUGCUGCUACGUAACUUGUAAUUUCAUUUGGUAAUUUUCAAGUCGAUCCAUUUAGUACCAAGAAAAUGUGGAGUUUGAGUAUUGGAACAUGUACAAUUUGCAGACUUUUUUCUUGUGUACUCAAAUAUCAUCCA